CCAAAACUACCAGGCCAAAGUUCAACCAGACAUUAGUUUUUAAUCUGCAGAUUGCCUUUUAAUGCCGAGCUACAGAGAACGCAAGUGACUGAUGCAAACUUGGAACAUUAUUGAAUGUUUAAAUAUCGAAUGCUGCAUGCCCAUUCACAGUGUGGUUUAAAAAGUGACCAAUAGUAUUUCCGUUACCAUCAUGAUUUCCACAGUGGUGCUUUUGACUUACUGGCAAUAUUAUAGUGACGAGAGCUUCCUACGCUGUUGUUGAAUUAUAUACUUGGCAAUAAAUAAUUUAGUUUAGGCUUCGACACUAAGUCAGAAUGGCAGCAGAAAGCUCUACACGCCUUCACCCCGAAUCUUCGGAUCCAAGCAGCACAUCUCGAAGCUUGAACUUUUCCAUAGCAAAAAUAAUGGAACCUGAUAAUAAAUCGUUUAGAAAAAAUAAUAACGAGCAAGAUAAAACCAGUAAACUUGUAAAUAUAACAUAUCCCACAUCGUUCGAAUCGGCUUUCAAAAAAUAUGUUCCCAAUAUGCUGCGAUCUCAAGAACUGUUACAGCAAUAUCCAUUAGUAUAUUAUCAUCCUAGUCAGCUGAUGCUCAGUUCGGUAUCAGUUUAUUCUUCGCCAACGGAAAGCAGCGCAAUUUCAAACACCCAACCUAGUAUACAUACAGCACCAAUGCAAUUUAGUUCGAAUAAACCGUGCCCUUCGAAUAAACGAAACUCCGAAGUAAAGACUUCCGUAGUAAACACUUCAACCACCGCAAGUAAACAGAAGAGUUUCGAAUGUGGAGAAUGUGGUAAAGUUUUCAAUGCACACUACAAUCUGACGCGACACAUGCCGGUGCAUACCGGAGCAAGGCCGUUCGUGUGCAAAAUAUGUGGUAAAGGCUUUCGGCAAGCGUCGACAUUAUGUCGUCAUAAAAUCAUACACACGUCUGAGAAACCCCACAAAUGUCAUACGUGCGGAAAAGCUUUCAAUCGUUCGUCAACUCUGAAUACGCAUGCACGAAUUCAUGCCGGUUACAAACCGUUUGUCUGUGAAUACUGUGGAAAAGGCUUCCAUCAAAAAGGGAACUACAAAAAUCACAAGCUUACUCAUAGUGGAGAAAAAGCAUACAAAUGUUCAGUAUGUUCGAAAGCUUUUCAUCAAAUUUACAACUUGACGUUCCACAUGCAUACGCAUAACGAUAAGAAACCGUUUACGUGUAGGGUGUGUGGUAAAGGAUUUUGCCGCAAUUUUGACUUAAAGAAACAUAUGAGAAAACUGCAUGAAAACACAUCUUCGUCAGAAGCGGAUUUUGUUACCAAUACUGCACCAACUGCUGUCUACCCCAAUGAGAGGGAUUUACAUCAUUUCAUUAGUCCGUUUUUAAGACCACCGGUUCCCGUAUACUCAAAAUUAUUGUGACCUUAUUAAGAAAAUAUAUUAUAAGAAACGUAUUUCUAAUUACAGCGAUUUUUGAUCUCUUUAUCGAUGUGCAAUAUAUGCAGAAAAGUUGUCAUUUUGUGACACUGUACUGCUUUAAGAAUGUAUAAAUUGUGUA